GUCCUUGCUGUGAGACAGAAAAUGGCUGAAGAAUGGCCCUCCGCAGUUAUACAGAGUUCAACGCCAGCUUUGCUACGAAAAUUUCGAUCAAAUUUAGCCCUUGAAUCGGAGAAAGGAGUUCAAGAUGCAGAUGCAAAGCCAAGGCUGUGGCUCUCUGUAUUAAAAGAUCUUGAUGCCAGAAAAAUCAAGAAUUCAAGUGUAUAUAACCUGAAAAAAGACAUCAGAGACCUUGUUUGUAGACUUCAGGAUUUCCUUCAAAUCUAUUCCAACAAGGUCCAAUCCAGACGAGGCAGGAGCAUAAAAAACAGUCUUAUAAAAUUUAUUAGGUUCAUUGAUGAUAUCAAAUCCUUCCGGAUGGUUGCUUGUGAGGUCGAAGAAAUUAAUACCCGGAUAAUGAGAACCAUCGAGGUACUUAAGGAUUUAAACAUAUUAGGAGUCACUAAAAUAGAAGAAGAAAGUUCUCACUCAGCAAAUGAGAAUCCAGAACCAUAGAACCGACAGUUCAGGUAUAGUGACUCCCUCUCUCGAGAAGAGCAUAUUGUUGGGAUGGACGAUGGAAUCGAAACUCUGAAAUCUGUUCUGCUUGAUGGCAGCUACAGAGUUAUUUGCAUAUACGGCAUGAGUGGGAUAGGUAAGACCACUCUUGCACAGAAGUUAUACAAUGAUACAUCUGUUCAGCAACACUUCGACGUUCGUGUUUGGAUAAAGAUGGGCCAGGACAUUACUUUGGAAAAUGUUCUUAGAAAAAUGGUGAAACAAAUUUCCAAACAAGUAGGCGGAACAACGCACUUAAAUCUUGAUAUUGAAGAAUCUGCAGAUUUUGUUUACAAAUCCUUGAAAGAUAAAAUAUACUUGGUUGUUUUCAAUGACAUAUGGCCACUGGAAGGAUUCAAUUUCCUGCUUAGAAUUUUACCACAUUAUCGAAUUGAUAGCAAACUGAUGUUCACAACUCGGUUAAGAGAAGUAGCUACGUACGUGGCUGGGGAUGAUCGAGGACUCAUUUACUCGAUGAAGAACUUAAGCACAUCCGAGUCUUCAGAGUUAUUUUGGAAGACAGCAUUCUUGGGGGACCCUCAAGAAAUGGAUCCAUUGAAGAAGCAGAUAGGGGAGGGAGUAUUGAAAUUGUGCCAGGGAUUACCAUCAGCUAUAGUUGCAGUUGGAGAAGUUUUAGCAACGAAGCAUACAUUAAGUGAAUGGGAGAUGGUGCUUCAAGAUAUCAAGUCAUUAAUGAGUAGAGGCCUACCAGUUGAUCAAAUCGCAUUAGAAGAAUCGAUUUCUGCUUUAAGUUUUGAUGAUUUACCAUAUCACUUGAAACCGUGUUUUCUUUAUUUGGGUCUGUUCCCAAAGGGUUCGAAGGUAAAAGUGGAGCACUUGUAUCAUCUAUGGAUGGCUGAAGGCACAAUAUCCCAAGAUGAAUGUCAAAAUAAUGAAACUAUGAUGGAUUUAGCAGAAAGAUAUUUGAAUGAUCUGGUACAGAGAAAAAUGGUUGAGGUCAAAGAAGAAGAAACUCCAUCUUUGAGAAAAUACAAGUGUUGUUGGGUUCAUGAGCACAUGCAAGAUCAUUGCUCACUGAAGGGAGGAAUAUUUUUUUAAGGUUCUAGAUUUUGGGCUCAGAACUCAGAGAAGAGUAGAUUCCGAUUCCUGCUCGUCGACUAGUAAUAGUGCACGUAGAAUGGCUUUAUAUUUAGGCAAACAAGAGGAUGGAUCCUCUGUUGAUCAGUUUAGAAAUGAAAAAGUUUGACCAUCUUAGGUCUCUCUUGUUCUUGAAUCCUCGUGAUCCUGAGAUGAAGUUGGAAUGGCCUCGAAGAAUGUUUGAUCUCAAGAAGUACAGAAUGCUGAGGGUUCUGAGUUUUGAACGGGUUGACUUUCAAGAGAGAGGUCUACCCAGGGAAACGACAAAGCUAAUCUAUCUAAAGUAUCUGAGCUUCAAAGAAUGUAAUCUGGGAGUGUUGCCAUCAUCGAUUGGUAACUUGUCAUUCUUGGAAAUUCUUGAUCUACAAGUUUCGAGUCCAAUAAUCAUUCCAAAUGUUCUGAGGAAAAUGGUAAAACUUGUGUAUCUAUAUCUUCCACUCGAGUUUAAGACGCCUAACAACGAUAAACUGUAUUUGGGCAGUUUGAAAGGACUUGAGAUACUUGAAAACUUUGACACUACAGUGUGUAAUGUUGCUGAUCUUUUCGAAAUGACAAAUCUUCGACACUUGUCUAAGACUGUUAUAGGGAUUUUGGGGGAUCUUGAGCAGAUUGUCCGCCGCUUGGACGUAACUUCAGUGCAUGCAAGUAUCUUAUUUCCGUCCAUUAAGAUCAAAAACUUUGACUGUUAUACAGAAGAAAGGCAUUCUGUUCUUAGAAAACUGCUCAAUUGUCAGAUUCUUCAUACCCCGUAUAUGGAUGGGCAUCUUGGACGGCUACCACGAUACUAUAAAAUCACUUCAAGCCUUACUCAGAUGGUCUUAAUAGGCUCUCAACUUAAGGAUGACCCCAUGAAAACUUUGGACAAGCUCCCGGAAUUGCAGGUACUAGUACUGCAAGACGACGCAUUUGAUGGAAAGGAAAUGAUAUGUACUAAAUCUAGUUUCAAGAAACUCAAACGUUUAGAACUCUCGACUUUGAAUUUCUUGGAGACGUGGAAGGUGGAGGAAGAAUCCAUGCCUGUGCUUUCCAUUUUAGAAGUUAAAAACUGCAGGAAAUUGCAAAUUCCACUGCAGCAUGAAUUAAGGAAUCGAUUUCCUUCAAUCAAAUUUGAAAAUGACAAGUAGCUAUAUCCAUAGAUGGAUUGAAGUUGAAAAAAUCAGGACCAGGAACUUGAGCAUUUCUAUAUGAAGAUAUAAACUUUUGUUAUCUUUCCACAAGAACAUAAUGUUGCAGAAAUUCCAAGAAGAAGGGUGCUUUCCUAUUGAACAUGGAGAAUAUCUUUUACUCUUGAACCUAUCGCUCGUUUAUUCUUGUUGGUAAAGGUUAAAUUUGAAUAAAAAAAUUGUUUAGUUGUGUUUUCAUAUAAAAUGUUUCAUAUUUUAAUUUGGAAGACUGCCAGUGAUGGUUGUGUCCUUUAGCUUGAAUACAA